AUGUCGACGGGAGAAAGUUUUGAGUCUCGGUUUGAAAAAAUCGACGUGACUUUAAAGGACCCCAAAUCCGAAGUGAACGUGGACUGUUUGCUGGAUGGAUUAGAUGCUUUGGUAUAUGAUUUGGAUUUUCCUGCCUUAAGAAAAAACAAAAACAUUGAUAACUUCUUAAACAGGUAUAAAGACACGGUAAAUAAAAUGAGAGAUCUGCGCAUGAAAGCUGAAGAUUAUGAAGUGGUGAAGGUGAUCGGUAGAGGGGCAUUUGGGGAGGUUCAGUUGGUAAGGCAUAAAUCCUCAAGGAGAGUCUAUGCUAUGAAGCUUCUGAGCAAAUUUGAGAUGAUAAAGAGAUCAGAUUCUGCAUUCUUCUGGGAGGAAAGGGAUAUUAUGGCUUUUGCUAAUAGUCCCUGGGUUGUUCAGUUAUUUUACGCAUUCCAAGAUGACCGUUACCUUUACAUGGUGAUGGAAUACAUGCCUGGUGGGGACCUUGUGAAUUUAAUGAGCAACUAUGAUGUUCCGGAGAAAUGGGCAAGAUUUUAUACUGCUGAAGUUGUCCUUGCAUUAGAUGCAAUUCACUCAAUGGGUUUUAUACACAGAGAUGUGAAACCUGAUAAUAUGCUGCUAGAUAAAGCUGGUCAUUUAAAACUAGCAGAUUUCGGUACUUGUAUGAAGAUGAACAAGGAAGGUAUGGUACGAUGCGAUACAGCUGUGGGAACACCAGACUAUAUCUCUCCUGAAGUAUUGAAGUCCCAGGGUGGUGAUGGCUACUAUGGGCGAGAAUGCGACUGGUGGUCAGUUGGAGUCUUUUUGUAUGAGAUGCUUGUAGGUGAUACACCUUUUUAUGCAGAUUCUUUGGUUGGAACAUACAGUAAGAUUAUGAACCAUAAGAACUCCCUUACUUUCCCUGAUGACAAUGAAAUUUCUAAAGAGGCAAAAAACCUUAUUUGUGCCUUUUUAACUGAUAGGGAAGUGAGGCUAGGACGAAAUGGUGUAGAAGAAAUUAAACGGCACCUUUUCUUCAAAAAUGACCAAUGGGCUUGGGAAACUCUCAGAGACACUGUAGCACCAGUUGUGCCUGACUUAAGUAGUGACAUUGACACUAGUAAUUUUGAUGAUCUGGAAGAAGACAAAGGAGAGGAAGAAACAUUUCCCAUACCAAAAGCAUUUGUGGGCAACCAGCUUCCUUUUGUUGGAUUUACGUACUACAGCAACCGUCGGUAUUUGGCUGUGUCUGCAGAAAAUUCCAAUGAUAACAGAACAGGCUCCACUGUGGACAAAAGUGUGCUGGAAAAUAUGCAGAAGAUGAUCUAUGAGUUGGAAGAACAACUACAUAAUGAAAUGCAGUUGAAAGACGAAAUGGAGCAGAAGUGCAGAUCUUCAAACAUAAAGCUAGACAAGAUAAUGAAAGAGCUGGAUGAAGAGGGAAAUCAAAGAAAGAACUUGGAAUCAACAGUGUCUCAGAUUGAGAAGGAAAAAAUGGUAUUGCAACAUAAGAUAAAUGACUACCAAAGAAAAAUUGAGCAAGAAAAUGAAAAAAGACGGAAUGUGGAAAAUGAAGUGUCCACGCUAAAAGAUCAGAUGGAAGACUUGAAAAAAAUCAACCAGCAUUCACAAAUUACAAACGAGAAGAUAACACAAUUACAAAAACAACUAGAAGAAGCAAAUGAUUUGCUGAGGACAGAAUCGGAUACGGCAGCAAGACUGAGAAAGGGUAACACAGAAAUGAGCAAGUCAUUAAGUCAGGUAGAAUCACUGAACAGAGAACUGCAGGAAAGGUGCAGAGUUCUAGAAAGCACAAAACUGCAGGUGGAGAAAGAUUAUUACCAACUGCAAGCAGCUUUGGAGUCGGAACGAAGGGACAGAAGUCAUGGAUCUGAAAUGAUUGGAGAACUACAGGUUCGGAUUACAACUUUACAAGAAGAAGUAAAAAAUGUUAAAAACAAUCUCGAAAGAGUGGAAGCGGAAAGAAAACAAGCACAGGAUAUGCUUAAUCAUUCAGAAAAGGAAAAGAAUAAUUUAGAGAUAGAUUUGAACUACAAACUCAAAUCAUUACAAGACCGGUUAGAACAGGAAGUAAAUGAACACAAAGUGACUAAAGCUCGGUUAACUGACAAACAUCAGUCAAUAGAGGAGGCAAGAUCCGUUGCAAUGUGUGAAAUGGAAAAAAAAGUAAAGGAAGAAAGGGCAGCAAGAGAAAAGGCAGAAAAUCGAAUAGUUCAAGCUGAAAAACAGUGUUCCAUGCUGGACUUUGACCUGAAGCAAUCUCAGCAGAAACUGGAACACCUUCUUGAGCAAAAGGAGAGACUAGAAGAUGAAGUAAAGAAUCUGACACUUCAACUAGAACAAGAGACGAAUAAGCGAAUAAUGGCACAGAAUGAAUUAAAGGCGCAAGCUUUUGAAGCAGAUAACUUGAAGGGUUCUGAGAAGCAGCUGAAACAGGAAAUCAAUACGUUGUUGGAAGCAAAGAGGUUACUGGAAUUUGAGCUGGCUCAGCUUGCUAAACAGUACAGAGGAAAUGAAGGUCAAAUGCGUGAGCUUCAGGAUCAACUUGAAGCUGAGCAGUAUUUUUCGACACUUUACAAAACUCAGGUUAAGGAACUGAAAGAGGAAAUUGAUGAAAAGAAUAAAGAAACUCAAAGAAAAAUGCAGGAAUUGCAAAAUGAAAAAGAAACGCUCACUACCCAAUUGGAUUUAGCUGAAACCAAAGCUGAGUCGGAACGGUUGGCACGAGCACUCCUUGAAGAACAGUAUUUUGAACUGAGUCAGGAAAGCAAAAAAGCAGCAUCAAGACACAGGCAAGAAAUGACUGAUAAGGACAGCAUCAUAAGAAGGCUGGAAGAAACUAAUAACACGUUAACCAAAGAUGUUGAUUUAAUAACAAAGGAAAAUUCAGAGAUCAGUGAAAAAAUUAAGAAACAGGAGGAAGGUAUGUCAUGUUUGGAGUUUUAA